CAGGUCUCUAAUGAAACUAAGGUCCCAUCAUUUUUCCGCUGAAAAUAGAAUGAGAGAAACCAGAGAUCCGUUAUUUGAUUUAACGGGUCUCUUUUAUGUCAAAGGGCCCACCAUUCAUUUUCGAAAAAUAAAGAGAAAUAAACUAAAGACCCGUUAAAAACAACAGGUCGCUUCCAUUAAAUGGGCCCAUGUACAUACAAAUGCGGAAAAGGGAAAGACCCUUAUUUGUGUUACCGGGUCUCUUUCCCAACUAUUUUUCAUUAAAAAAAACCUCUCUCUUCUCUCCAUCUCUCUUCCUCUCCCAAUUUCCCCACCGCCCCUCUCAAUCAGAGAAACAAGAGAGUGAACUCGUCGAUGUAGGCUCUUCAGUACUGGAUAAACUCAAAGAUCUGUACCUGAAGAAGUUAUGGCAUCAACCUUCUCGAGCUACAAAAGUUCAUUGCUCUCAUAAGUUCCAGGGUUUGUUUUACCACCUCCGCCGCCGCCCAACACCGCCCUACCCAGGUUGUAGAAGACUAAUUCAGAGUCUACUCUCACCGCCUCUCACCGCCUCCAAGGAAGCUCAGGAUGUACUCAAGGGUAAAUGCUGGAUUGAAAUUUUGAAUUUUGGUUGUAUUUUUGGGGUUGAGUUAGCCUGA